ACAGUUGACACACGUCGUUGGCACCAAUGUCUGUCAAAGUCAUCGAUGCGUAUUGAAUGUCAAUAAAAAUAACAACCCUCAAUUCGCGGAAAUGGUGCGGAAAUUGAAAUACCACGAGCAGAAACUGCUCAAAAAAGUCGACUUUAUAUCGUGGGAGGUUGAUAAUAACUUGCAUGAAGUGAAAGUGUUGAAGAAAUACCACAUCCAGAAACGCGAGGACUACACAAAGUACAAUAAACUAGCACGUAAUGUUAGAGAAAUAGCCCGAAAAAUUAAAGAAGUGGAUGCGAAAAAUCCGUUCCGCACUGAAAAAAGUGCACAGUUGUUGGAAAAACUGUACCAGAUGGGUUUAAUACCCACCCGGUGGGACUUGAGUUUGGCUGAGAAGGUGACGGCGUCGUGUUUUUGCAGGAGGCGGUUGGCGGUGGUCAUGGUUCGAAAUAAAAUGGCUGAGAGUAUAAAAGGCGCGACGAAAUUAAUUGAACAGGGACACGUGAGAGUGGGACCCGAGUUGGUAAAAGAUCCAGCGUUACUGGUUACAAGGACCUUGGAAGAUUUUGUUACGUGGGUGGAUAAUUCCAAGAUUAAGCAACAUGUGUUGGAGUACAAUGGAAUGCGGGACGACUUUAUUCUAUGAGAUUGCUGUGAUUUUAAUAAAUUAUUUUUGUUAAA